GCGGCGCGCCGCCUGCCCGUCCGUCCCGGCUGCUCUCUCCGCCUCCCUGAGCUCCCUCCCUCAGUCCCUCUAUAUAACCAGCGGGCCGCUUCAGAGCUCGCUCUGACUUGUCCACCAUAUCCUCUUCGCUCCGCCCUGGGCGCUCGUUGCUUCGUCUUCGUCCCGCGAAAGUUGUAUCUAUCCACAAAGAAGAGAUCACCCACGCCCUGCUUUCGUGUCAGACAACAACUCUCUCUGCUUCGUUCAUUCGGCCGAUCGAUCAUGGGGUUCCCGCUGGUGUGCUACUGCCUCCCGAUCCCGAAGCCGAUCAUCGUCUUCUGCAGGGUGCUCAGCACCAUCAGGGACGCCGUCCUGCUGAUGCUCGCCGUCGUGGGACUCUGCCGCUUCCCGCACGUCGACGCCGCCGCGCGCGGGCGCGGCACGGCGGACGCCGCACACCACCAGCCCGAGGAGGUGAAGAGCCGGCUCCCCGCCGUGGAGUACGCCCAGCUCCUGGCCGAGCAGCAGCAGCCGGCGUUGUCGUCGUCCGCCGGCGCCCACACGGCGUGCCAGCAGUGCCGCGACCACGAAGGCGGCGGCGAGGACGCGCCGGCGUGCAUCGUGUGCCUGGAGACGCUGGAGGCGACGGACGAGGUGCGGCGGCUGGGCAACUGCGCGCACGCCUUCCACCGGGCCUGCAUCGACCGCUGGAUCGACCUCGGCCGGGCGACGUGCCCGCUGUGCCGCUCCGACCUCCUGCCCCGCCCGCCGGUCCGGGCCAGGCUGGGUCGGCUCGCCAGACGUCUCACGCGCGUUUGGUGAGGACCGUCGUCUCGGAGGCAGUUUUGUCUUUUCCAAGCCCAACGCGGUGGUGCCGGAAUGGCGAGGGCAGGUGAACGACGGCGACCGGGCCGCCGGGUGGUAUAUAACAGCUGCUCUGCCAUCAGCCAACUGCUCAUCAAUGGGGGCUUAAUUCGAGCAGCUGAUUGUCUCCAUCCGGCGCCUGACAGUUGAUAUUUUUGUAAAGAUACUAGCUAAUACGGAUGUUAAAGGAGUAUACGGCAGCUAAUUGCUUGAUAGUGCUGCUAACAGCUAGCCAUAUUCAUUGUACAUAAAGUUCUCUCUCUUUUCGAUCAUAUAAAAAGUCAAAUUAGUUCAUCAA